AUGAAGAAGAAAAUAGUGCUCUUCGGCUCCAUUUUUGUACUUCUUUCAUUUUCUCAUGGUUCGUCACAACAGUUUGGCACCAAAUAUAAAAAGAACAAAAAUUUAGAACAAGAUGCCAUAAACAUACUAAUGAAAAAGCUGGAAAAUUUGAACAAACUUUGCACAACAAACUCUGAUGAUGUUUUUAAUAAAGAAAUUGAAUCCUUAAAAAAGCAGAUUGACGAAUUGCAGAAGCAUAACUUGCAACGCACGGGGGAUAACAAUCUUGGAGACCUUAUAGAAAAUGAAUCCAAAGAUGAUUUCUCGAAAAAAAAAAUUUUCGGAGUGGAUGAGGAAGACUUAGGCAAUUGCGAUGGGGACUUCAUCGGACAGAACACAGCGGAUACAAGUGUUCAGGCGAGUGAUGGAGAAGGACAUGGUAUAAAUUCGUCAAAUCAGAAUAAUGAGCAUAGUCCUGAAUCACCCAGAGAAGAAACAUCCGAUGGUUCAUCUACUACCGUAGAAGGAAAAAAUCCACAAGAUACUUCUCGUUCAGUCAGUGAAACGUCAGAGCGAUCCUCAGAAGGUAACCCACAGGUAGACGUUAAUGAACGAGAAACAUCAGAAGUGGAAAGUGCCGAUUCUUUGUCUAUCACCAAUAGUGAAGAACAGGAAAAUCCACAUUCAACUCUUGGACAGCCACCCCAAGGAAACUCAGAAGGUGGAGAGGAGGCCUCUCAACAAAGUGAAAAUGGAAAUACACAGCAGGUGAAAUACCUGGAUAAAUUAUAUGAUGAAAUACUUCAGACAACAGAUGGGAAUGGGAUAAAUGAUUCGCAAUUUCACAGCAAAUAUAACGAUUUUCGAAAAAAGUACGAAUUUACAAUGAAUAAUCAGGAGUACGGAAUUGUGAAAAAACUUUUUGAUGUUUGUUUCAAGAAGGAAGGUGAAUCCGAGGAUACUUCUUCUCUCGUUAACAUGUUCAAAAAUGUACUGAAUGAUGAAAAAUUUGAAAAAGAAUUUGAAAAUUUUAUUCAUGGAUUUUAUGGAUUCGCAAAAAGACAUAACUACUUAAGAAACGAAAGAUUGACUAAUGUUCAACAGUACACAGAUUUUCUAAAAAAUGUCGUUAAUCUAUUGAACACAAUUGAAAUAAAGUAA